GACUCCCAUUGUAGCGGCUCAAUGAAUUCCCGUUGUAACGGCCCAAUGGAUUCACGUAGUCCCCUCUAGUUUAGCGCUAAAAUUCCUAUUUUCCCAGUUCCAAAGGUUCGGCUUCAGCGGUUGGAAAAGGAAACGAGUUCAUUCGUCGUGGUGGAUCAUGGAGGAGCAACACGAUAGCGAGAACGCGAGAGUGGGAACAACGAAGCAGAAGAAGAAAGCCGAAUACGAGUUCUGCAAAGCGUGCAACAUAAACCACAACCAAGGUCUCCGCCACAAGUACUUCCCCAACCACAAGAAAUCCCUCUCCACCUUCCUCUCUCGCUUCCGCAACAAGCUCUCCGACGUUCGCUUCUUCCUCAACGCUCCUAUCCCUCUCGAUUCCCAACUCGCCUCUCGCAAUCGCAUUUGGUGCGUUUUCUGCGACCAAGACAUCGAAGAACACUCUAGUUCCUUUGCCUGUGCUAAUGCGAUUCGCCACCUCUCGAGCGCCGAACACGUGAAGAAUUUGAAGCACUUCUUCUGGAAAUACGGCGCUGCUGCGGAUCAAUUGGACGCGUUUAUGGUUUCCGAUGACGAUGUAGCCAAGUGGGAGAAGAGGUGCGUGGCUCGAAAGGAUGAAGCGAGUGAGGGAUGUCGCGGAAAGGUGUUUGGUCCUUCAAGUGAUGAUAUCCAUAAUCAAGUCCACAGUGGAAAUGUUGAUAGUUUAGAAAAUGUUUAUUCCCAUUCUGUGAAAUCGUAUCCUUCAAAUGCUGUUUUGCCUUUACAAUGCUAUACGAAUGAGUCUCAGAUAUCGUGUUCAGGACUCUCCGGAGUCGCCAACGUUGCCACCUCUUCAGAAGCGAGUUCUGCCGCAAUUCCUUUUGCUUUGCAAGAUUUUGCGGUUGAAAGGAGAAACCAUUCUCUCCCUUGUGAUGGUAGACAAAGGUCAAGUGAUGGUUACUCGUGUAAUAAACAGGCUUUCAGCAGUCAUUGGUUGGUAACUUCAUUGGUGCACAACAACGGUAGAAUGGUAAGCGGAGGGAGCAGUCAUCAGGGUCUACCACUGUUAAUUCCAAUCUCUUCUGGGCAUACUGAAAGUGCUGGUGGAAAUCUUCAUUCUGGAGCACCUCCACCAUGGGUUGAAGCAACAGAGGUAGUUCAGAUAUAUUCUAAGCCUGUUUUGGGAGACCCUGUCUCCCAUUCAAACAAGUUAGGAAAGUCCAAGAAGUUGAAUCCAAAACGGGUGGGAGCAGCGUGGGCUGAAAAGAGAAAGAUUGAAAUGGAGAAGAAAAAGAGGGGAGAAACUGUAAGGAAUGAGUAUGAUGCCAACUGGCUUCCUAAUUUUGGUAGAGUCUGGCAAUCUGGUAGCAGAAGAGAAUCCAGAAAAGAAUUUGAGAGGGAGAAACAGAAGUUAAAUGUUGAAACUCAAUCUGAGAUGCCAAUCAAGAUACAGCCUUAUGUCAGCAAAAGAAUGCGGAUGGAUAGUGGAGGUGAUUUUGCAAGCGGGUGAAAUUUUCGGUAGCAAACAUGUUCAGGGAGUCAUCUUUAUAGUGGAUAAGCAUUCCAGCAUGUUUUACAUUGGAGGGACAAGAGCAGUUAAAAUUUACAAAAUGAAAUGUGCGUUUAUGUUAAUCCUUGAUAAAAAAGAAAGAUACCACAAUCAUGGUGGAGUAUUGAGUAUUGAUGCACAACUAUAUCCGUAAAAUAUGUACAUGCAUUAAGCAAGAGGUGAGAGCUGUUAGUCUGCACGAAUGAUUGUGAUCAUAGGAAAACAUUUUACUACAUUUCAUAUGCCAUGUGAUAUCAAUUCUUUUUAUAGAUGGUCUACUUGACUUUUGUGCUGUUAUGCUUAUUUUUGCCAACCAGCUUGCUUUUGAAUAUACGGAUGGUUGCUAUUGAUAUUCAAAUAGGUGUUGCUUUGCAGCAUUUUGCUCCUUUCCAUUGGAAUGAAACAGACUUAUCCAUAGUAUGUACAGAAUACUGAGAUUUUAUUCUUGCCAGUUAUAUAAGAGAAUCACUGUAAUGUCCUAGAUCUUAACUCCUAAAUUUAAUCUGACAUUUCAUUUA